UGAUCCAUCGUGUUACUGUACUGCGGCGCAUCUAAACUCCUCCCGGUCACUGCGCGGACAUCAUGUGGCCAACACCAGCCUGACAGAUCCACCGCACGCUGGGGACCCUAUAUAAAGUCCACAGCUGCCAGGUGGAGUCCACUGGCUGCUUGGCUGGGGAGCAGGUCGUUUUGGGAGAUUGCUGCUCUAAAUACCCAUAGAGCCGAACCGUAACGAUGUCUCACUCCUGGGGAUACGAGGCGACCAACGGACCCAGCAAAUGGGGUGCUUCCUUCCCCAUUGCCAACGGAGACCGUCAGUCUCCCAUUGACAUCGUGCCAGGUAACGCAUCACACGACCCGGGACUGAAGCCGCUCAAACUGAAGUACGACCCAUCCACCUGCCUCGAAAUUCUCAACAACGGACAUUCCUUCCAAGUGACCUUCGCCGAUGACACCGACAGCUCCACUCUGACGGACGGACCGAUCUCAGGGACCUACAGGCUCAAGCAGUUUCACUUCCACUGGGGAGCGACUGACGACAGAGGCUCGGAGCACACGGUGCAAGGGGCCAAGUUCCCCGCUGAGCUCCACCUGGUGCACUGGAACACUAAAUAUGCAAGCUUCGGUGAAGCUGUCAACAAACCCGACGGACUCGCUGUCGUUGGAGUCUUCCUGAAGAUCGGCAAUGAAAACGCCCAUCUCCAGAAGCUCAUUGAUAAAUUCUCCGUCAUCACCAAUGCUAAAACGCAGACGACCUUCGUCGACUUCAACCCUGCCACGCUGCUCCCCGGCUGCCUGGACUACUGGACAUACCUCGGGUCUCUGACCACGCCCCCCCUGUACGAGAGCGUCACCUGGAUCGUCCUCAAACAUCAGAUCACCGUCAGCUCUGCGCAGAUGGCCAAGUUCCGCACGCUGCUCUUCUCCUCCAAUGGUGAAGCUCCGUGCUGCAUGGAGAACAACUACCGCCCUCCGCAGCCGCUCAAGGGCCGCGUGGUCCGUGCCUCCUUCAAGUGAUGCCCCGUCCUCCAUGUGUCCUGUUGCCCCCAGCCCUUUAGUCAGGCCGCCCCUUUCUUGCAGUGACCCCCCCCCCCCCCC